AGGCGGCGAGCUUGUGAGGAUAGCUAUGGAGUCAGGGCGACGAGUGAGCUUGGAGCAGGUGGAUGCCUUCACACGCACUUGCUUCAAGGGCAAUCCUGCUGCAGUUAUCGAGAUCUCUGAGGACGCGUUUCCUCCCGACCGUGUUCUCCAGAUGAUGGCAGAAGAAAACAACUUGUCGGAAACUGCUUUCUGGAAGAGGAGGAAGUGCGAACUUGAGAGUGAACUUGUCGCCGACCUUCGCUGGUUUACCCCUAAAGUUGAGGUUGACAUCUGCGGGCAUGCGACACUUGCAACAGCGCACAGCAUAUUCAACAAGCAACCAAAUGUCAAGAAGAUCUUCUUUCACACAAGAAGUGGUGUUCUCGAGGUAUCCACUGGUGCUGACGGGAAAAUUGAAAUGAUUUUCCCUGUUUUCAACCCCAAGGCACGACCGGAUCUCUUGGAGCUGUUCGAGCAGAAGUUAGGAGUUCCUGCAAUAGCUGAGGUUUUGUGGGAAGAGCCGCUGAGAGACGCUGUUGUGGUGUUUCCUAGCGUAGACACUGUACUCGAGUUCAAGCCAAACAUGGCGGACAUUGCCUCUCUUCCAAGCGAUGCCAUCAUUAUAACUGCUGUUGGAAGCAAAGAAGGAAACUAUGACUUUGUUUACCGAUUCUUUGCGCCGAAGCUGGGCAUCUUCGAGGAUCCUGUCACUGGUUCUGCGCAGUGCUCACUUGUACCCUACUGGAGGCAGAAGCUUGGCAAGGAUGAGCUCUUCUCCUCACAAGUCUCAGCGAGAACAGGAGAGCUGUGGGGAAAGAUGAUUGCAGGAAUUGAGGGCAUGCAUGCAGUGUCAUUCAAGGAAGAAUGA